UGUAAUUGCUUGACAUGGCUGUACCCUUUUUUUUUCCAGACAAUUUAUGAAAACCGAAUAUACAGCCUUAAAAUAGAAUGUGGACCUAAAUACCCAGAAGCACCCCCCUUUGUAAGAUUUGUAACAAAAAUUAAUAUGAAUGGAGUUAAUAGUUCUAAUGGAGUGGUGGACCCAAGAGCCAUAUCAGUGCUAGCAAAGUGGCAGAAUUCAUAUAGCAUCAAAGUUGUCCUGCAAGAGCUUCGGCGCCUAAUGAUGUCUAAAGAAAAUAUGAAACUCCCUCAGCCUCCUGAAGGACAGUGUUACAGCAAUUAAUCAAAAAGAAAAACCACAGGCCCUCCCCUACCCCCCAUUCGAUUUAAGCAGUCUUCAUUUUCCACAGUAGUAAAUUUUCUAGAUACGUCUUGUAGACCUCAAAGUACUGGAAAGGAAGCUCCCAUUCAAAGGCAGUUUAUCUUAAGAUACUGUAAAUGAUACUAAUUUUUUGUCCAUUUGAAAUAUAUAAGUUGUGCUAUAACAAAUCAUCCUGUCAAGUGUAACCACUGUCCACAUAGUUGAACUUCUGGGAUCAAGAAAGUAUAUUUAAAUUGAUUCCCAUCAUAACUGGUGGGGCACAUCUAACUCAACUGUGAAAAGACACAUCACGCAAUCACCUUGCUGCUGAUUACAUGGCCUGGGGUCUCUGCCUUCUCCCCUUCCCCUCCCCCUGCCUCCUCCCUCCCUGCAACAGCCCUCCAGCUUGGGGUGGCUUCUUAGAGUAGAUGUGAGGGUUUCAGGUCACAGCCUGUGGGACUCCUGCUGGGUGUGGGGGAUGCUUCGUCUGCACCCCUGGUUUCUUUCUUUAAGUCUUAAAUGCUGCCCCCCUUCCAAGCCACCAUCCUCUUCCCACUCUCCACUACCACCCUUGGCCGAAGCAUAGAUUGUAACCCCCUAGGCUCCCCUCUGAAAUUGGCCUUUGGUGAGGAAUUCAGGGCUUUCCCCAUAUCUUCUCCCUCCACCUUAAUCGAGGGGUGCUGCUUUGUCCUUCCUCCUCCUCAAGUCACCAUCACCACCCAACACUUUCCGUGACACUUCCUUGCUUUGGCCAGAAGCCAUCAGGUAAGGUUGGAAAGCAUAUCUGACCUCCCUCAUGUAGUUUUGGAACCAUACUUACUUAGUCUCCACCAGCCUGGGAAAUGAAUAUUGGGUUCUCAGCCCUGCCCCCCUCUGCUGUCAUCAGCUGAUACGUUUUUUUAGCUCAGGUUUUGAUAAGGUGUAAAGAACAGUCACCAGGGUCACAGACCUGCCAGCUCUCAAAGUCCUUGGUGGUUAAACUUGGAGAAAGGUCACAGAAGACACUUGUAAGCACACACGAUCCCUCUGAAUGAAUUGUUUUCUUUUCCUGUAAUUGCUUUUGCUUUUAAAAAUUGAAGAAGUUUUAAACAGGGCUCUCAUUUGGUCAUCCUUUCAAUCCAUUUGAGUCUAGUUUGGAAUCUGACAACUGGAACAAAAAGAACCGUGAACUCGGUGCACACUUUGGUUUCGGUGCUGCUGCUUCUCUCAGUCCUCAGCAGGGAUAAGAAAGAACUCGGUGUGCACGGCAGAUCCCCGGAAUUCCUGGCCAAUGGCUGCGUUUUUCCACUUUUCUGUUCAGGACCACUAAAUGCUGAGAUGUUGGACGCAUACCGAAAUAAAAGCAAUUCAUUGUGU